AUGGCUGCUCCACCAUCAGCAUGCCUCGUCGAAGGCCCUUCAGUAAACAAGUCGGAUGUCGAUGUGAAACAGAAAGUUGGGAACAUCAAUAUCACCAUCGCUAACCCUACACCUGCAAACCAACCUCAGGCAGCUCCACCUCAGCAACAGGUACUGCCCCAAAUGCAGCCGGUCUACGCGCCUCAGCCUCACUUCGCAGCGCAGCCGACAAGCCCAGUCGUUUAUCAACAUCAACCGGCUCCUCUUUUUCAAGCUCCGCCCCAAAACCAAGUGGCUGCUGUUUAUCAAGCUCCGCCCCGAAAUCAAGUUAUUACAACUCAGCCAGCUGUCGUUUACUCAAAUAAUCUCGGGUCAGAGCCCUCUCUGACAGUUUGUCGAAACUGUGGCCGGAGAGUGAAUACAGUUGUCUUGUACAAGAACGGCUCCUUCACCGUAUUAAUGUUCUUCGUCUUCCUUCUGUUCGGGUGCUGUUGUAUCCCAUUCUGUGUGGACUCCUUCAAAGAUGCUCAUCACUCAUGUCCAGAGUGUCACAUGAACCUCCAUGUUCACAAGAGGAUGUAA